CUAGGCCGAGCCCGCGUGGGGUGGUGGCCCCCGUGGGCGGCGCGCAGCACGUGCCCGGUGGGUGACCCGCGGAACAGGCCGCACCCAGGAGGCACGCCCGGCCGGGGCGGCGCAGCGGCCCCCCCCCGCGGAGCGACCGGCCCUAUCUGCAGAGGGAGGCGUCAGCACGAAGCAACUCCCCCCGGGCCCAGCCCUUCCUCGCCGCUCGUCUCGACACCCCCCCCACGGGGCUACGGGAGGCUGGAGAGAGAAAAACCGCCACGGCCACUGAGCACCCGAUGUCGAGGCUAGAGCGUCCCCACGCCGGGACUCUCUAACAGGCACCGCACGCUCUUCUCUAUGGUUGGGCCCGCCUCCUGAGUCUUUGGCUGCGAGUGCACAGGACGGAGCGGUUGUGUAGGUGCCGCCAUGAUGAACAGCGGUGGAAUCGGGGUGCCGCUCGGCUUCCCCUUGGGCCCUACUUCCGUCAUCCAAGUCACCAACCUCUCCUCGGCGGUAACCAGCGAGCAGAUGCGGACGCUCUUCGGCUUCCUGGGAGAAAUCGAGGAGCUGCGCCUUUAUCCCCCGGACAACGCUCCUCUUGCUUUUUCAUCCAAAGUAUGUUAUAUUAAGUUUCGUGAAUCAUCGAGUGUUGGUGUGGCCCAGCAUCUAACUAACACCGUUUUUAUUGAUAGAGCUCUGAUAGUCGUACCCUGUGCAGAAGGUAAAAUCCCAGAUGAAGCCAAAGCCCUUUCUUUAUUGGCUCCUGCUCCUACUAUGACAAGCCUGAUGCCUGGUGCAGGGUUGCUUCCUAUACCCACACCAACUCCUCUGACCUCACUUAGUGUUUCACUUGGCACGUUGGGAGCUAUACCAGCAGCAGCAUUGGACCCUAAUAUUACAGCACUUGGAGAAAUACCACAGCCACCAAUUAUGGGAAAUGUGGAUCCUUCCAAAAUUGAUGAAAUUAGGAGAACAGUCUACGUUGGAAAUCUGAAUUCUCAGACUACAACAGCAGAUCAGCUGCUUGAAUUUUUUAAACAAGUUGGAGAAGUGAAGUUUGUGCGAAUGGCAGGUGAUGAGACACAACCAACACGGUUUGCUUUUGUGGAAUUUGCAGACCAAAAUUCUGUACCUCGUGCUCUUGCCUUUAAUGGAGUUAUGUUUGGAGACAGGCCACUGAAAAUAAAUCACUCCAAUAAUGCAAUAGUGAAACCUCCUGAAAUGACUCCACAAGCUGCUGCCAAGGAGUUGGAAGAAGUGAUGAAGAGAGUAAGGGAAGCCCAGUCUUUCAUAUCAGCAGCUAUUGAGCCAGAGUCUGGAAAGAGCAGUGAAAGAAAAGGCGGUCGAUCUCGUUCCCAUUCUCGUUCAGAGUCCAGAUCUAGUUCAAAAUCCCGAUCUAGAAGGAAAAGAUCACGCUCAAAACGCAGGAGUAGAUCACACAAUAGAUCACUCUCUAGUCAGAAGGAUAGGCGUAGAUCCAAAAGUCCUCCCAAAAAACGUUCCAAGUCUAAGGAAAGGCGGAAGUCAAGAAGUCGUUCUCGUUCCCGGGACAAGAAAAAAGACAAAGAAAACAAAGAAAAGGUCAAGGAAAAAGAAAAGGUCAGAGAGAAGGACAAGGACCGAGACAGGGAGAAGGAGAGAGACAGAGAUAAAGAAAAAGAAAGGGAGCGGGACAGAGACAAAGAGAGAAAUAGGAACAGAGAUAAAGAAAAAGACAGGGACAAGGACCGAGAGAGGGAUAGAGACAAAGAAAAGGAGAGGAACAAAGACCGGGAGAAGGACAGGGACAAGGAGAAGGAGGUAGUCCGGGACAAGAAGGAAACAGACCUGGAGAAAGGGGGGGACAGGGACAAGGAAAAGGAUCGGGAGAAAGAGGGGGACAGGGAGAAGGUUAAGGAGAAGGACAGGGAGAAGGACCGAGAGAAGAAGGAGGGUGACAAGGAGAAGGACAAAGACAAGGAAGGGGACAAAGAGAAGGAACGGGAAAGAGAAAAAGAGAGGUCCAAAGAGAGCGAUGAUAAAAAGAAGAAAGAGAAGAGAUCCAGAACACCUCCCAGAAGCUACAGUUCUCUAAGAAGAUCUCGUAGUUCCAGCAGAGAAAGACGUAAGAGGAAGAGUAGAAGUCCUUCCAAGUCUCCAAAAUCAUCCAGAACAUCAAAGAGAAAGUCCUCUCGGUCUCCAUCACCAAGGAGCAGAAAUAAGAAGGACAAAAAGAGAGAGAAAGAAAGGGAUUCAAAUAAUGAAAGAAAAGAGAGAGAGCAAUCCACAUCCAAGAAAAAAAGUAGCAAAGAAAAAGAUGGGAAGGAGAAGUCUGACAAAACCACUACUACACUGAAGGAUAAAGAUCACACUAAAGGGGAUGCGAAUUCAGAAAUUAACAAGGCAGUAGAAAAUAAAGAUACACAAAGGACAGAUGAAGUCAAACUACAACAGAAUGGGAACUGUCAACCAAAUGAAGAAAACCUCUCAGUUAAAAUGGAAGAGGUAUAAAGUAACGAAUGGACCUCUGACUCAACUGUGGGGUGAAUCCAAAGCUUUUUAUUUCCCUGAAAGAGGAAGAAAACAUCAAAGCAAUCUACUGAGCAGGUUGAUAUGUACUAGUAGCUCUUCCAAUUCUUGUGAUAGCUUUGUUGUCUUCUUGCUGGAAAGCAAGAAAGACCAUGGACCAGUAAUAUAUGCCAUGAUUAAGGCAAAUGCCAUCAGAACUAUUCAUCUGUGAGAAUCCAUGCAUUUCCAUGAUGGCUGUAUUAUUUGUAAAAUGAUUUAUGUUAACUUUUGCCAAGAACUGUUUCAGAUAAGGUGAAAUUGAAAGAUGUAAACCUGCAUAAGCUGAAGGUAUGCAUUGGAAGUUGUUAAAAUAUUGCUAGUUAAUGAAUUUUGUAUUGUUUUUCCUUGUGUUUGUUUUGUUUUUUUUUAUUUCAAUGUGUACUGUUUUGAUGAUGUGCUUGGACAUGGUGCAAAAAUAUACACACUUUCCCUUGUAAAUGACAGCUAUGGAAAAAAGGGUUUUUACUUUAAUACAUAGUUUUGCCGUUAUUGCGUUAAACGCCCACUGACUAUUAAGUUUUCAUUUGCUCACUGCUCGGAUUCAUUUUUUCUUAUUUAAAGUCAUUUUCUUAUUACUAUCCCUGAAAUGAAUAUUUCUUUUAAUAGUAGUUGAACAAUGCAUGUUACUGUCCUAUUUAUAGAAGGAACAACCACCAUAUUGUAGAUAAUAGUUUAGCUUACUGGGUUUCUUCCCCCUCUCCUAUCCUCAAAAGUAAGCACAUCUGUAUAGUGGUAUCAGAACUUCUGGUUUUGUUUUGAGCCAUAUUGCAGUGGGUCUGUUCAGCUGCAUAUGGUACAGGUGUUGUUAUGAAAAUCAAUACCCUGUUUUCAAAAUAGUAUAUGGGAGCACAAGCUAAAGCUUUAGUGCCUUCUUAAAAUGUGGUAUAUUUUCUGGAACUUUAUAUGUGCUAUUAAUUUUCGGUUACAUCUUACAUAAUCUCGAUCGCUGUUCUACCAAAACCACACCAGUAGACAAGAAUGUGAGUGGUUUGUCAGAAAAGCUGUGCUGGGUUCACUUGGUUCAAGACUGAAGCUCCAUUUUUAAGAAGAUUUAUAUAAAUGAAUGCAAAAGUGUAGUUUGGGGACCAUCAUACUAUGAAGUAUGGUAACUGAAUACAGAGCAUGCUCUAAUUUCACCAAAAUCCAAAGGGAGCUCUUUAAACUUUUUCUGUACAUUGGAUGGCCUUAAUCAUUACCUCUCAAUCAUCUUCUCUAAUGUUGGUUGUGUGAUGUGAAAGGAAUUGUGUGCAAAGUUUGUUUGAAAAGAAUAGUAGUUGAAUUUACAUUAGAGUUAUAUGUUAGAGAUUCUAUGUCCUUUUUGGAUUCAUUCUUUGGGGAGAAAGCAUGUAACUGGAGAGAAUGAUACACUGCAAAUAUUUUGUCAAGUAAAAAUGUGACUUGUGCUCUGAAGUAAUCUCAUCAUUGUAAGAUUUCUUAAAAGACCUUUAAAACUUGUUUAAUACUAAAAUCAAGUAGACUUAUUUUUAAUACAAUGAAAUACAAUCAAAAGACUUAAUUGCCUUACCUCAAGAGUUAUUUCUAUCAAUUUUAAAAGCUAAGUAGUAUAUUAGUUAGUUACUUUCAAUUUGAUUUUCCUUUUUAAAGUUAAUAAUUACAGAAGCCUAAGUGUUUUAUGGGGAAUGAGAAGUUGCCCACUUUAUAAGGUAAUGAAACCCAGUUUGUGCAGCUGCUUAAUCACUCUUUAUUUUUGUUAGGAUUUGAAGUAUCUUGCCGCUGUGUACCAUUAAAACUAUAGAAAAUGCUUUACCAUGUAAAGUAUAGAUGGUCAUUUUUGUGAUGUUUAAGCCACAUGCAGUUGGCUGGUGAACAGUUUAUUCCAAUAAAAGAAUAACAAAUCUGUAUGCUUAUAGAAAGACUGUGAAGGAUCGGGUCUUGCAACAACAGCUGUCUUAUUUAUGUGUAAGUAGCAUAGAGCAAAGAUCGUUUGUAUACUUGUUAUCUUUGGUACCAUUUCACUAAUAAAAUUUAAGUAUUUUAGAGGGAAGUUUUUGCUUAUAUAUAUAUACAUAUAUAUAUAUAUAAUAUGAAAGGAACAUUUUUCGUUGAAUAUUCAUCUACUUUUUCUCAGGGGGUUGCUUUGAUUUGGAAAGUGCAUGCCAGUAAUAUACAUAGCAUUUAGAAAAUUAACUUUGAUAAGAUAUCUUUCCUUGUGAGAAGUCAAAUGGUUUUCACACAUGGCUUCAUGUUUCAGAUGUCAAUGUUUAUUUUGAUUCCUAUUGGUUGUUUUUCUUUCUAGUAUUCUGAAAUUGCACAUCUCUAUAAUAUGGCAGAAAUUCAUAAAAAGAUUAGCUAUGGUUGUCUAAGAACAAUGCCUUUGAAAAUUGGCAACAGCAGACUAGCAGUUUUACUUGCUAGUUGGAGUAUGUGUUUCAUAAUUCAGCAUAUUCUCUUGUACUGUGGGAUUUUUCCUAGAAAGCAUGAUAGUUUUCUCUCGCUCUGGAAAAAAUAGAAAUUGCUGUUUUCUUACAAGUCCUAGUUUAUCUGUUUGCUUUGUAAAUAUUUUUCAUUUCUAUUUUCAGUUUUUCUUUAAAAUAAUUUUUUAUAUUUUAUUACUCCAUUUUCCCUUCCCUAAAAGCCCACCACCAGGGAACUAGCCUCAUCUAAGAACAGUGACUCUGCAGUGGGUAGAUUGUAUUUGUAAGGCUGCUGCUUAGUAAUACAGUUCAUGCCCUGCUCCCCAAGGAUCGUGUGCGUCAAGUAUUCAAUAUAUAUAGCCUUCACUAGAUGUCCAGUGUUUCCUUCAUAGCAAGGUUGCAUGCUGAACUGCCAUGUCACAUUGCAUGUAUUAUCAGUCUAGGUAAACUAGCUGAAAGUGAGUGAAGCAUAUAUUUUCAAGAACAACAUAUUUAAUAACGGACAGAUAAAUAUUUUAAAUACGGUUUUAUCUGAAUCAACAUUUGCCGUAGCUGAAAGGGUUGGUGAAUCAUAGUUUCACUUUGGGGCUUUUUCCACUCUGAAAAGAGACUGCAAAAAUGGCACCUUUUUAAUCCAACAAAUCUGAAUGUUUGUUCAGAAUUAUCUGCUAAUAGUAGUGACAUUUUUAAACUUAUUCUUGUAGGGGUGACACAGCUAAGAAAAAGUAAGCUGGAUUCUAUUUCAAGGUUGUUGUUUUUUCAAGUUCCAGUUACAGGUCUACACAUUUACCUCUGUGUAAAUCAAUUGAGGUAAAUAGGGUUACACAGAUGUUAGGAAGGAAAUAAUUUGCCCUGUAAAGCCUUUUAUUGCUGGUGAGAGUAUUGGGGAAGGGGAAAGAAGAUCCUAGAUCCCACAAUUCCAUGGUUAUAGUCACUUUUCAGGGUAGAACUCAUAAAUUCAAAAUUUCAUCCUUUGUGCAAAAAUUCAUGUGUUGUGUUUAUCCGUUGUAAGACUUAAAGGUUUGAAUUUCAGUACUUUUUACCUAAGCAGAAAAUAAUAAGCAAAGGCAAUUUUGGUUGGUAAAAAAAUUGCUCACAUAUAUGUUCUCUUCAGAAUUCCUUCAUUUUUUCCGUUUAUCUAAAUAAUACUUAAAAGGAGGUAGUUUUUGCCUCUUGGAGAAGCUAUCUUCUACUUGGGUUUUACAACUGAAAUAUCGGGUUUGUUUUUGUUUGUUUUUUGUUCCUCUUAUAACGAAAUAGGAUUAUAGCUAACCCAUUCUUAUUUUGCUAGACUUUCUUCACAAAAGAUGAUGAAAUCGUAGAUGUCUGUGGUAGAUGUUAGCCUAAAAAUUGGGUUUCAGCAGUAUAAACUAUGAAUCAUUUUAAAAUAUCUGCACUAUUACAUGCAAGUCUGGGUAUAUGAUGGACCUGAUUCACCACAUGUUGCUCCUCCAGCUUUACUUUAGUAUAACUAUUCAUUUCAUUGCAUUUUCAACCAGGUUAAAAUGGGAGUGACACAAAAGUGACAGGUUUCAGAGUAGCAGCCGUGUUAGUCUGUAUCCGCAAAAAGAACAAGAGUACUCUAAGGUGCCACAAGUAACAGUGAUGAAUUGGACCUAGUGGGUCUGAUCCUUCAAUCUUGACCAUGGUAAAACUCCCAUUAAAAUCAGCAGGUGCUCAUUUGAGAAAGAUGUAGUGUUCCUCUCCAAAAUAUGGAGACCGGAUAGUUGAAAUUCAUAGACGUAUGUCGUUUGUUUUACAUUGAAGGCUUGUCUACAUGUAACUCUUUCAGCAGCACAGGUGUGCCACUGAAGCUGCGCUGCUGUAAUGCUUCAGUGUAGAAACUACUUAUGCUGAUGGGAGGAAUUCUCCUGUCGGCAUAGGUAAUCCACCUCCCCGAGAGGCAGUAGCUAGGCUGAUGAAAGAAUUCUUCUGUAGACCUACUGCUGUGAGAUGGAGACUUAGGUCAGCUUACCUAUGCCAUUCAGCAGUGUGGUUUUUCACACCCCUGAGCAAUUUAGUUAUUCCAACUUCUUAUCUAGUGUAUACCAGGCCUUAGUCCUACAGUCAACUUAUCUUCAGAUGGCGAUUAUUUGAUUAUUGUGUAAUCAUGAAAAAAGCUGUGUCAGCCUCCAUCUAAUGUUUAUUAUAUAUUGAAAAUGAAAAGUAAAGCAUUAUUUAAAUGUAGUUUUGUGUGUGCUAGGCAUCCCCUCAGUCACAAACAUUUCAUUCCAAACUUAUCAAGAGCUCCUUUGCAUACAAUAUUUAUAUCCUAUUUCAAAUCCAACAACAAGGAGGCUUGCCAUCGCGUUUUCUGCACAGCUCGUUCUGCUCUAGGCAUCUAUCUAUCAUACUUAGAUGGCUCUCAUCCACAGGGUAUCUGAGGGUAUGGUUUUUUCUUUUACUGCAUUCCAUAGUCAACAAUUGAAUAAGCUGGUCUUGAGAUGUGUCAGCUACCUUUCCUCCAGUGCAUCUUUUACAUUCGGUAUAAAGCAUGACCCACUCAGACAUUGGCCUGGUCUGAGGGGGAAACCAUUUUACCCCUUUAUACUUUAAUCAGUUGUAUUUGUGAUGGUAUUCUACAAUUCUGAAAUUGUAUCAACUAUUUCUCACAGUUUUGAAGUGAUCAAUUCUACAAUCUAAGCAGGUGAAAAAAAGCUUUUUCCCAAUAAAGUUUGACAAUUUUGUGACUGUUGGGCUUACUGCAGGAUGAGAGUGCCUUGUAAAAAUGGACUGUAGCUGUUUACUUGUUUUCUGCUUUAGAAAUCUUUAUCCUAUGAUUAUUUCUGAGAACACUUGGCCUGUUUUGAUUGUAUAUUGUUUUAAAGUCAGUUCAGUGCCACGUUUUGACAGACAUGGAUACUGAAGUCUUUUGAUCACAAAAUAAGUAUCACCCUGGCAGUAGUAGUACAAUCUUUCUCGCACGGAUUUGUUGAUGUGCCUCACACCUGACCUGAAAGGACUGCCUUUGGCAACAGUAAGAGCAUAGCUUAGUCUUACCAUCCAUUCAGCCCUUAAAGUCACUAAUGAGACCUCCAGCUCAAGGAUGCAAAUUGAGUGGUUUUCAGGAUAUGGAGAACUGUUCGCUACAAACUAGAUUUGGGACAACUGAUUCAUAACUCAGAGGUCACAGGGUUUUCAAGUCAGUGACUAAUUAAUUUGGCUUUGAACUGCUGAGUUAAGGUAAAAGGUUCAUACAUCUACAUAAAUUCUGUGAUCCAAACAACUAUUUUACUUUUUGUUUAACCAGACCAGUGUUGAUUUAAAACAGUUUUAUCACUUUCCUUGGUUUCUGGUAUGUCCAUAUUUUCUUAUUUUUCAGUUUUGCCGUAUUUCCUUUGCCAACUGAAUGCCAAAUGUUUUCAACAGUACUUCUAUAUCUGAUUUUUUUUUUUAUGAGUAAUAAGCUUCCCCCCCCAGGAAUGGAAGAACAAAUUGUUCUGCUUUUGAUUCUUGAUUCACCAUACUGAUAACAUAAUUUCUUGAUAAUUAUUUCAUUCUUGCUAUAAAUGUAUGUUUCAACCCUACUUGAAAUCCACCAAGCAAACCAUCUAUCCAAUUUCUUUAUCUAGGCGUUUAUAUCAAUUGCUUGUUGUGGUAUCACAGAAUCAUAGAAAAUGUAGGGCUGGAAGGGACUUCAAGGGGUAAUCUAGUUCAGCCCCAUGCUGAGGCCGGGAUUAAGUACCUAAAACCUUAACUGCUGCAGAGACCUAGAUUGGUGCUAAUUCUGUGUCAGUGAUGAGCAACUCAUGAACUGCUGAAAAAUUGCCAGUUCACAGAUUCAUAACUCCACUAUUAUUUAAACAAAACAACCUGGUGGUGGAGCACUAGAGAUAGGUAGAUAGUUAUGCACAGUUCAUUUCAUUAAUCACUAGCAGAUCGUUUGCAUCUUCUCUGGAUCUCUAAGGUGCAGAGCCCAUGUUUUACUUUUUUGCACAAUAUCUAGCACAAAAAGCUCCCUGAUCUGAUUGGGGACUUGGCACUACUGUAAAAAAAAAAUUGUUACUAAUAAUUUCCCUUCUCCUAAUACUAGAUGUUUCUGAUAACAAAGAAGUAAAAUUGUUCUGUGUGGGUUACAUAUACUUGUGUGUUAAUAAAGCAAUUAUUAAAUAGUACGAGUAAAGAAAUGUCAAAUGCUGCUACUAUUAUGUUGCUAUUUUUGAAAAUAAAUAAGUCCUAAGGGUUUUUUUGAUUUA